AUGACCAAGAGAGACAACUCAACGACCAAGAAUGCGUCAGAGAGCUUUAAGAAAGGCGGUCUGCGACUGCAUGACAAGAUAAUGGGGGGACCCGAGGCGAGCUCGAGAAAAGUACAUCCGCAACUUCGUACUAGCCAGAAGGACUUGGCCGCUAAGAAUUCGUCGAUCGUUAAAGGCAAUGGGACGUUCUUCUCCGACUCACCAGACGACGCGCCACCUGCCGAUGCGAUCAGAGGCACAUACCUGGACUACCAUCAAGAGAAGGAAAAGUCGGAGGCGGCAAAGGGACCCGUACCCUCCGUGUCAAAGCGCCCGCCCUUAACAGAGGCUCCAAAUGCCGACAUAGCACCGUGGAUGGACGAUGGGAUUCCGGCCUUGUCCACUCAUGGUCUCACAUCCUCCAACUUCUUCAAUGAUGGUCUGUCAAAAGCUCAGCGAUCGCCAUCAUUUCGUCCGGACUCGGGGCGUACCGCCGAUAGCGAGUCGCCAGAUCCAAUGUUUCUGACCAACGACCGAACACCGUCAUUAGCAAGUGCAACCACUGUUGACAGCCAAAGCUCGCUAUCUAAGGCUAGCACAAGCAGGGGUACACCGUACAAGAAGGCAGCGGGGUUCUUUGGUGACGAAGGCCAGCAAUCACCACGAAGCUCGGACACAAGCAUACCUAGCACUCUGCAACGUGAGCAAACCGCGUCCUCUCGGCAUGGCUCUAGACAUGCCAGUCGGGAUGAGGGACGGCCAGUUUCUCCGAGUAGCUCUAGGCCAAGGACUCCGCUGCCCUCAAGUGACGUGGUCCCAUGGCUGUUCCAAGAUUUCAAGGAAAUCUCACAGUACGGCGACGCCCCUGUUAGGCAAGCGCCAGCUGGCCUCGAUAAACAGCGAUAUGCGGAUGGCGAGCCUCCCUCCCAUGCUCAUCACCACAUCCGACUCCAUCUCCCUCACCACCGACACACUCGAAGCAAGGAGGAACCUCCGAAGCCUCCACCUAAGGAUGCAGGAAGCGGCCACUUGAUUCGUCCUCUUACCAACAGACAAGACUCCGUGUCUAAUGUUCGGAUGCUGAAAGACUCGAUAUCUUCUCCCAUGUCCUCACGCAACACUCUACCUCUUCGUGGCACCAGUCCUACACCAAGUUCGAACAGUGCUGUCAGCCGUAGCGAAACCAUGCCAAGUCAGCGCUCACCAGCCCAUAGCGCGGCUGGAGGAAAGCGCUCCCUUCUAGACAAAUUUCGGAGGCACAAAGGAGAGCAUGGUCACCAUGAAUCACUCAAUCCGCUCCAUCAUCUGUCUGGGUCUACAAACUCUCUGCACCACACUUCAACCGAAAGCAAGAACUACAAAUCAGAGUUGGCCAACCAGAGGGAAGCUAGGCAAGGAAGUGUUGCGACUUUCGAUAGCGGCUCGACGGCUAAGGCCUCGGACUACAUGAGUGGAGACUCGGGAUCUCCAGUAUCGAAGAAGGAGACCGGAUCGAAACUUCUACACAGCCACGGGAAAUUUCCUAAACCCAAGCGAGGGAUCAGUUACGAAGGUCAUAGCGGUAAAAAUGCCGACAAGGCACGCAAUGCAUCCGUGGCCAGUGACUCAAUGUUCAGUUUGGAUACAAAUCUAGAUGACAUGACAGGCAUUGUUGACUUAACAGCUUCUACUUCUACUGCCCCCCACGGCGGCAUUUUUACUGGAGACCCUAUCCCAGAGGAGCCUCGGACAGAGCUCAAAGAUCCCGACACAAUGGGUGGUGCAGGAGCUUGGGACGCUCCUGAUUCGUGGGCGGUCAAGAAAGUCGGUGACGAGAAUUUAGGACGGUUACGAGAAAUUGACGACGCUGGGAUACCCCAAAAAGUCGAAGACGAUGGUACCGCGCAUUGCCUACGAGUCUUUCGAAUUGACUCGACCUUCGCCACCCUGUCUAUGGGUGUCAACACGACGGCUUCGGAAAUCUUACAAGUUCUGGGCAAGAAGUCUUUCCUGCAAGAUGAUCUAGACAAUUACCAGAUCAUCAUGAGGAAACACGACCUCCAUAGACAACUUGCGCCAGGAGAACGACCAAUCGCAAUCCAAAAGAAGCUCCUCGAGCAAGCGGGAUACCAAAGCAAGGAUAGGAUUGAAGAAAUUGGCCGGGAGGACAACAGCUAUCUUUGCCGUUUUACCUUUGUACCAACCAAGCUCAGCGGAUACUACAGCCUAGAGUCGGAACCUGGUCACGGUAAAAUGCAAAAGUUCAGUCACGUUGACCUUUCAGGGAGGAGCCUUGUCACUAUCCCCAUCACCCUUUAUCAAAAAGCCGCCGAAAUCGUGUAUCUCAAUUUGUCUCGUAACCUCGCCCUUGACGUUCCGAAAGACUUCAUCCAGAGCUGCGUCAACCUUCGAGAAAUUCGAUAUAUUAGCAAUGAGGCUUGGCAGCUGCCAACAAGCUUGAGUCUCGCGACUAGACUCACCGUUCUCGACAUAUCUAACAACCGCCUCGAGCAGCUUGAGCAUGCAGAGCUAGACAAACUGCCAGGACUGGUGAGCAUCAAAAUGUCCAACAACAAGCUAAAGCAUCUCCCUUCAUACUUUGGUCAAUUCCAAUCACUACGGAGUUUGAACCUCUCUUCCAAUUACAUAGAAGCGUUUCCGGAUUUCCUCUGCGACUUGAAAGGCCUCGUCGACCUCGACAUAAGCUUCAAUACUGUCGGAUGUUUGCCGAAGAUAGGGCAACUCACCGCAUUGGAGAGACUGUGGGCGACUAACAACAUGCUCCACGGCUCUUUCCCUGAAAAUUUCAGGGAACUCAAGAACCUCAAGGAGAUUGAUCUACGGUUCAAUGGAUUAACUAGCAUUGAUAUUAUUGCCGAACUACCUAAGCUGGAACAACUCAUGGUAGGGCACAAUGUCAUCUCCAAAUUUGAAGGGAGCUUUGCACAGAUCCGUCUACUUCACCUAGAUCACAAUCCCAUAACCCGGUUUGAUUUCAAGGCACCUGUGCCAAGUUUGACGUCGCUGAAUCUCGCCUCAGCCAAGAUCUCACAAUUGGACGACAGCAUAUUCGAAAGAAUGAAAAAUGUCACGAAACUGAAUCUGGACAAAAAUCAUUUUUCGACCCUCUCCAACCAGGUCCAUAGGCUUCAAAGGCUGGAGUACCUGAGCAUCGCAAGGAAUCCGCUAAGUAGUUUACCUGCGACGAUCGGCCACCUCCAGGAGCUGCGCUUUUUGGAUAUUCGGGAAUGUAAUCUUAAGAAACUCCCUGGAGAGCUAUGGUUCUGCUACCGCCUGGAUACAUUAAACGUCUCUUCGAACGUUCUGGAGUCCUUUCCAAAGCCCGCGACGACACUUGCCCUUACUCAAGCAGACACGCAGCCGAGCAGUUCCGAGACUACACCCGUCCCUGCUUCAACUCCAAUUUCUGCGUCAACUCCUGAUGAGCACGAGGAGCUGGGCAAGCUAGAAGACUUUCAGGAUCGUAGACCAAGCCAGGCUUCCGGAGGACUCCUGAGCGUUGGUAGUUCACCAGCGUCGAGCACCAGGCAGGGAUCGAUUGUCUCCAUCUACGGGCCAGGAGGCAGAAAAGCAUCAGUGGUGUCGAGAACACAGACGAACGGUACUACGACCCCAAUCCACCGAAAAGACUCCAAUCUACAACAGCGAUCCAACAACACGUUUGCUGGAUCCCUUCGGCAUCUGUUCUUGGCAGACAAUAGACUGACAGAGGAUGUAUUCGACGAAAUCACCAUGCUUCCUGAACUUCGGACCCUGAACCUUUCGUACAAUGAGUUAUAUGAUAUUCCUCCGCGAUCCUUACGACGAUGGCCGAAUCUCAACGAGCUUUACCUAUCUGGUAAUGAGCUGUCAUCUCUUCCAUCGGAUGAUCUUGAGGAGGUGUCCUCCCUGAAAAUCCUGCACAUCAACGGAAACAAAUUUCAAGUUCUUCCCGCCGAACUUGGCAAGGUUCGGAAGCUCGCAGUUCUGGAUGUCGGGAGUAAUGCUCUCAAGUACAACGUCUCUAAUUGGCCCUAUGAUUGGAAUUGGAACUGGAACAAGAAUCUCAAAUACCUCAAUUUCUCUGGCAACAAACGUCUUGAAAUCAAGCCCAGUCGAUCUUUCACGGCAAAUGGGGGCAGAGAAGCUGCUGAUCUUACAAAUUUCACAACCCUUCACCACCUGCGAGUUCUUGGCCUGAUGGAUGUGACGCUUACAAUUCCCUCGGUUCCCGACCAGACAGAAGAUCGCAGAGUACGGACGUCCGGGUCGUUGGCUGGAUCAAUGGCAUAUGGCAUGGCAGACAGCCUGGGAAAACACGAACAUUUAUCCACGAUCGAUAUGGUAGUUCCGAAGUUUCGGGGUCACGAGACUGAAACACUUCUAGGAAUGUUUGAUGGGCAAGCGCUGUCAAGCGGGGGCUCAAGACUUGCAAAGUACUUGCAAGAAAAUUUUCAAUAUCAUUUCAUAGAAGAACUAAGCAGACUUCCAAAGGAGGAGACUCCAGCCGACGGCCUCCGGAGAACCUUCCUCGCCUUGAACAAAGAUCUGGCAACAACGGCUAGCCAGAGUCUCGACGAAAAGGAACAUCGAUUACCUCAAAAGUCGCACCGAGGAUCUACUGCAGCGCAUACGUUGAGCGCAGAUGACCUCACCUCAGGUGGCGUUGCCACAGUCAUAUUUCUUGACAAUAUGGAACUCUAUGUUGCGAACGUUGGAGACGCGCAAGCGAUGCUCGUGCAGAAUGAUGGGGGUCAUAAGAUCUUGACACGAAAGCACGAGCCAGCUGAUCGACGAGAGCGGGAGCGUGUUCGAGACGCAGGAGGAUAUGUGUCAAGACAUGGCAAGCUCAAUGAUGUACUAGACGUCUCGCGUGCGUUUGGCUAUAUCCAGAUGAUGCCCGCUGUUAUGGCUGCUCCGAACGUCAACCACCUUUCGCUGAAGGAGUCCGAUGAAAUGAUAUUGAUUGCGUCUAAAGAGCUAUGGGACGUUAUGAGUCUUGAAAUGGUUGUCGACGUUGCGCGCUCUGAACGAGUGGACCUUAUGCGGGCGGCCCAGAAGCUUCGUGAUCUAGCCAUGGCCUUUGGGGCCAAUGGCAAGAUCAUGAUUCAAAUCAUUAGCGUCAGCGAUCUGAAGAAGCGAGAGCGCAAUCGCUACCGGGGCCAAAGCCUCUCGAUGGGCCCGUCCCAAUCACAAGAUGACCAGUUCUUCGCAACGAAACGUGGCAAAAAGGGUCGAGAUAGACCUGAUGAUUCGACACUCCAACGACUCGAUCCUGAAGUCGACGCCCCAACGGGUAAUCUUAGCAUGGUUUUCACGGAUAUCAAGAAUUCGACUACUUUGUGGGAGAACUACCCGGUCGCUAUGAGAUCGGCCAUCAAGUCUCACAACGAAGUCAUGAGACGACAGUUGAGGGUCAUCGGAGGAUAUGAAGUCAAGACUGAAGGUGAUGCAUUCAUGGUCUCGUUCCCCACCGCAACAGGGGCUUUGCUGUGGUCUUUCGUCGUUCAACAACACCUCCUGGAAGUAGAUUGGCCCCCUGAAGUCCUGAACACCGUACAUUGCGCAGAGGUUCUGGAUGGGGAUGAAAACGUCAUCUAUCGUGGUCUAUCAGUCCGCAUGGGCAUCCACUGGGGCGAACCGGUAUGCGAACCUGAUCCCGUCACUCGGCGCAUGGAUUACUUUGGGCCUAUGGUCAAUCGAGCAGCUCGGAUCUCGGGCGCAGCAGACGGCGGCCAGAUCUACGUUUCGCAGGACUACAUAGCCGAGAUCCAACGUUCCCUCGAAGCGUUUGCUGACCCCGAGCGGACUGGGUCCACUGGCUCGGAUGACUCGCUGAACGAAGAUCCACUGGGCCAAUCAAUACGCAGAGAGCUGAGGGCCCUUAGUUCCCAGGGUUUCGAAGUCAAAGACCUUGGCACUCAAAAACUCAAAGGGCUCGAGAAUCCCGAAUUGAUCUACCUGAUGUACCCGCAUUCGCUUGCCGGUCGUCUCAUCGCGCAACAACAGCGCAGUGAUGCUGAAGCUGCCGCAGCUUCUAACGAGCCUGCUAGCUUGCAGCCUGGAAGCGUGCUAGAUUUUGACACCGAAUAUAUAUGGGGGCUGUGGAACAUCAGUCUGAGACUGGAAAUGCUGUGUAGUGCGCUCGAGAGCCCGGGAGCAACGAGCCUGAAGCAACCGGAAAAGAGUGUGCUUGAGAGAAUGAAGAAUCGAGGAGGUGAGGUGACAGAUCGGUUCUUGGUUAGCUAUCUUGAACACCAGGUUACAAGGAUUGAGACAUGUGUAUCUACGCUUGCGUUAAGGAAUAUGGUGACGCCAUUCAGCACACAUAAUUUGCUUGAGCAUGCCUGUCCGAUGGACGAUGUGCUGGGGCACAUUUCGGCGCAGUUGGCGGAGUUCAAGGCGUUGAAGGAGAAGAAGCCUCGUGUACAGCCGCAUUGA